AUGUCCGCGCAACAUCUCCAAGGCCAGGCGGAAAUGAAGCGGAAACGCAACACCGAGCGGUAUCUCAGACAUACUGAUGAGGUGAGCACAGGAGGAAAAUCAAGUGCAACAACACCCAACCAUGCCAGUUCUGCAUCCGUGCAAAAGCCCGCUGUACUUUCGACGCGUCGUAUGCUCGCGGCAGGAAGUUCCUUGUCCCGUCUGCCUACAGCAAUGGCAGCCGGAGCCCGGGACAUGGACAUGGACAUGGCCAUGGACAGGGCAUCCCAGCAUAGUGCACACCCCGAACAUACUGAACAACCCUCAAACACCUCCUCCCGCAACUCCCCGGAACCCUCCUCAACCGACCAGCAGGGCCACUACAUCGGUCCCGCGUCCGGCGUCUCCUUCCUACUCCGCGUGCAAAAGCGCCUGCACGACGCAAUCUCCUUUGCCCAGCCGAGCGGCAGCAUCUUUACCUUCGGCGAUGCCCCCUUACAUCUCCCCGACUUCAACCCCUCCUUCUGCAUGAUGCUGCCCCGCGACGAUGCACAAAAGCUCAUAGAUCGGUACUUCGACUUCGCGAUGCCAACGUACCGCUUCUUGCAUCGCCCAACGGUGCAGGAGUGGUUCGCCGAGUUCUACGAGACACUAGGCGUCAUGAGAGAUGGAGACCAGAAUGGCGGGAACGCGAAGGUUGCGCUGCUCUUUAUGAUCUUUGCCCUGGGGAGGGUUUACAUGCCGGAUGAUGAGAGGCCGGGGCCAGCGGAUCUGAGCGCACGCUACUACCUCGCAGCCGAGCACCAACUAUCCCAAGAAAAAGGCUCGAUCCGACUGAGCAGCGUGCAAGCCCGCCUCACGCAAUGCUACUACCUCCUCUCGCAGUCGCGCAUAAACCACUGCUGGAGUUUGUUCGGGACGGUCUCGCAUCUCGCGCUUGCGAUCGGGUUGAAUCGGAAUAGGAAGCCGGACCCUGCCACCUGCACCUCAAGUGGUUCGAGUGGUGGGAUGGGGAUGGGUGUAAUUGAGACCGAGUGUCGCCGGCGCACAUUCUGGUGCGCAUACACACUCGAUACGUACCUUAGUGCUGCGCUAGGACGGCCGCGGUCGUUUCACGACGAGGAUAUCGAUGCGGAGUUUCCGGCGUGCGUGGAGGACCAUCAGUUAUCGCAGGCCUUGGGACACUUUCAGUCCAACCCUAGAGCUUCGAGCGGAAAUCCCACGCUGUCAACGAUGCUCGCCCCAUUAGCACAUACGAAGAUCGCCCGGAUCAUCAGUCGCAUCCUGCGCGAUCUCUAUUCCAUCCGACCCAUCUCAGACAACAAACGUCUCUCCGCGGUGCAAUCCAUCUGCAGCGAUCUAGCCGCCUGGCGCGCCGACCUCGCCUGGUUCCUCGACGCAGACGUUCUAAGUGCAUCGCUCAUCAUCCCGAUUUUUCAGCGCCAGCGCAACGUCCUGAACCUUACAUACUGGCAUUCUAUCAUAUUGACCCAUCGGCCGUUUGUGCUGGGGAAUUUCGCCCGCGUCCAGGAUGGCCGCUCCCGUCCCAGUAAAGGGGGUCUAGCAGCGCACACAGAAGAAAGUGUAAAGGCGUGCCUGAACGCGUCGUUGAAGAUCGUGGAGAUCAUCGAUGAGAUCGCGCAGAAUCGCCAGCUGCUCAGGGCGCUUUGGAUAACGUCGUACUUCGCCUUCAACGCAACAAUCAUGCUGUAUAUCCACGUCAUCCAGAGCCGUGUCCCGCGGCACAUGCACCUGCACAGCAUGUAUUUUUCUGCAGCGGCGCGAUGCCAGAACCACCUGUCGGCGAUUGCGGAGAGGGGGUCGCUUUCCGAACGGUAUUGUCUUGUGCUGGAGGAGUUGAGGGGUGAAGCUUUGAGGCGGACGGGCAAUGGCAAUGGCAAUGGCCAAUGUACUUCACUCGUUGCUAGCGAUUCAAACCCACAAUCUCGCCAUCACAGUCACCCUCGUCUUCGGAAUAACGGGCAUCAUGGCAUCAGCAUUCAACCCAGUGCAGGUAAAGUACCAGCCCCACCACCCUCAGAGGUACAGUAUGGCGAUGAGGAGAGCCCGCAAACAGGUACGGGGACCGGUACCAUCGAGACAAGCUACACGGGCGAGAACUCGCUGGAUGAGACCGGGGCCAGGCUUGACUUCACCGCAAGCGCAAACAAUGAUAUGGCGAGGCUUGGGCUCGGCCUUUCGCCGUCGGAUUGUCCUGGCUGGGGCCAGUUCACGUCGAUGGUUUCGUCUGGGCUCGGGAAUAUGGAAUUGUUCUGGGGGGGUGAGGGGGUGAGGUUUUGA